CUUCACUCAUUGCUCAUCUCCAGCAUCUACUUCACCCUUCCAAAGCCCUUUACCUCUACUAUCGACACACAGUACAAAAUGGAUAUGUAUGAUCCCAAGGAUGUAGGGGUGGGGAAUGACAUAACUGCCCUUGCACCUUAUUUCAGACUUGGCCUCGAUCUCACUCGAGCUCAGGAUGAGGAAGCGGAGAAGCCAUGGCUGAUUGACCAGAACCUUACCGAUGUUCAAAUACCAAAGAAUCUGGAGACUCUAUUGGAGGACUUCGCUUUAGGGCUCGGUUCUGGAGACUGUGACACGAGAUUGAUUCGGCCUCGACUGAGUGCAAUACUUAUGGUGUUGUUGGCCAAGAAAAUCAUUCUCCCACCUGUCACUGACUUCGAAACUGAUACUGUGGAGAUUACUAUGCAUUUUCUUCUACUGUACGGCUGCCGCCCAACUUUGGAUACAAACGUCAUUGUGCUUAGGAAACAGACGAUCUUUCCAGAUGAGGGCUGGGGAGUCCUUGCAGCCAUGUCCGCUAUUCAUCGCCAGCGGAAAGAGGCAGGCGAUAACGGGGACAUUUACGGAAUCCAUACCGACACCUAUACUUGGAAUUUCUUUCACCUGAACGAUAGCGGCAAGUAUUCAACCAAAUUGGAUUUGUCCUGGUACUUGGACCAAAAGGAGGUCAUCGGUCGCGUCUGCCAUAUAAUAAGAGAAGCCGCAACUCUCUCCCGAGAAGUAGGAGGUAGGGAUCCUAUGCUAGGCGUCUUUGAGCCAGAAACCGAAGGCAAAAGUGAUGACGAAAAGUCUGAUCAAUGGUCGCUCUACUAAGUGAAACGUUGGUGUGGUCCAUCGGGUAGAAUCUAGCUUCUAUCAAGG